AUCUGGGGGCCCGGCCGCCAGCGCCACAAAGCGCGGUCAGGACUCGUUUACCCAGAGGGCCGAGCAACCGGGAGGCGGCCCGCGCUAGUUCAAUUCUCACUUUAUAGGCAGGGUGGCGAGAGCCCGCCCCGGAAAUGCGUGUUCUAGCUUUCUGUGUGCUUAGGUGCCCGAGCUACUGAGGGUCUAAGUCCGGGCAGCCCAAGAGUGUGGUAGGUAACGGUCGCCAGCGCAAGGGUCAUUUCGUCGCUGGGAAGGGACGGCCCUCGCCCGCGGUGAUGGUGGUUAGCAAGAUGAACAAAGAUGCGCAGAUGAGAGCAGCGAUUAACCAAAAGUUGAUAGAAACUGGAGAACGAGAACGCCUCAAAGAGUUGCUGCGAGCUAAAUUAAUUGAAUGUGGCUGGAAGGAUCAGCUGAAGGCUCACUGUAAAGAGGUAAUUAAAGAAAAAGGACUAGAACACGUUACUGUUGAUGACUUGGUGGCUGAAAUUACUCCAAAAGGCAGAGCCCUGGUACCUGACAGUGUAAAGAAGGAGCUCCUACAGAGAAUAAGAACAUUCCUUGCUCAGCAUGCCAGCCUUUAAGAUUGAACUAGAUUGUGUUCUGUGAUUUUAGUUCUGAAAGUAAAACUUGCCAUAAAUUAGAGGUCAUUUUCCCAAAAUAAAAUCCUUUUUUUGUAUAAUGGUAUACAGUUUUCAGUACUGAUGUAUACAUUGUAUUGAUUUUUUUCCCUAAAUGUGUUAUUUUAAUAAAUAUCUCAUGAAU